AUGUCGCCUUCAGGAUCAACUCUGAGGACUCUGAUUUCUCAAAUUGGUAAAGAGAACGGGAGACGCUUCCGACAACUAUCGCUUUCAUCCUCCUCUUCCUACAAACGGCAUCAUCCAUCUGUUAUUACAUCGGACGAAGUUCAGUCGGUGAUCAUGCCAGCUUUCAAUAUUGUCAACGGCAUCAAUGAUAUUGAGAAAACAGCUACUUCUAUUAGUCCCAGCCAGUUCGACUUCUCUGAUAUUUUCGAGAAUCCUCAGGUGCAUAUAAGAAACCGUCAAGAAGUUGAAGAGAAGCUGAGAACGAUUGUAAGCGGUGGACGUGAGAAAUUAUUGGUUAUUUCGGAUUUCGAUUUCACCUUGUCUCGUUACAAAGAUGAAGAAGGAAAGAUGUGCUGGACUACUCAUGGCGUUUUCGACAAUCUAGCCAACCGUGUAGAUCCUAAGCUCAGCCAAAUCUUCCACGAUCUUCGUGAUAAGUAUUUCCCAAUUGAGUUCUGCGACAAGCUCACCCCUGAAGAGAAGACUCCACAUAUGGAAGCUUGGUGGGGAACAUCUCAUAACCAUAUUAUCAAAGCUGGAUUCCACAAAGAAAUGAUCGAAGAGUUUGUCAAACAAGCUAACAUUGUUUUGAAGAAUGGAGCUGAAGAGCUUAUCGAUAAUCUUGAUAAAGCCGAUGUACCCUUCAUUGUAUUUUCUGCUGGUAUUGGAAAUAUCAUUGAGAUGUACUUCAAGCACAAACUAGGAUGCAUUCCCGCCAACACUCACCUCAUCUCAAACAUGAUGCUAUUCAACGAUGAGGGAAUAGCCUCAGAUUUUUCUGAACCUCUCAUCCAUACGUUCUGUAAGAACUCGACUGUCAUCCGUAAGGAUGCCCAAUUUUAUCAUGAUUUAGACAAUAGAUUCAACGUAGUGUUGUUGGGUGAUAGUCAAGGCGAUGUUCACAUGGCCAUUGGUGCCGAUAAGCGCGGCCCAACUUUAAAAAUCGGAUAUUUGAACGAUAAGGUAGAGAAGCUACUUGAUCAUUACAUGGAAAUCUAUGAUAUCGUUCUUGUUCUCGAUCCUACUAUGGAUGUUCCCAACAAAGUGUUAGACAAAGUCUUGAAUAAUAAGGCCUAA